AUGCUACCUGUGACCGUGUAUCUACCUGUAGCCACGCUUGGUCGACCACAUCUUCCAGCACAGGAUGAUAUUGUUACAGGUAACGUGUCAGAAUCAAGGGAAGACCACUCCUCAAGUCAGUCCAUGCCUGAGAACAUCGCUGUCAAUGUGACAAUCACUGGACAGGACGUGCGGCUGGACUUGACUCUAGACCUCAAUGCAAGUACAGACAUUCCUGUCUAUGUCUUCUCCAGGAACAAAGACGGACAACUGGACUCAGAGAGGGUUAACAGGAAAGCAAACAAGCACUUCGCCGUGUAUCGUGACGUCACACAGGGGGCUGUAUUCAGCGUGCGCCGUGACGUGGACACUGGACAUGGUCAGCUGACCCUGGAGGGCGUGGUGCAUGUCAAAGGCAAAGUUUACGACCUUAAGAGCACCAAUCGUCGCCACCGGAACUUAAGAGACCCGACGACCGACGGGAAGACAGGUUCUGUCGGCCAUGAAGUCCAACGACGUGACGUCAACGACGACGACGAGGAGGUCGACCACAACGAGGCUGCAGACAACUACGAGUUCAUCGUGCGCCUUCUGGACGACCUGCCUCCGAGGUCACUGAGAGGAGACGCCAUUCUGCCACCAACCUCUCUGCAGAAGAAAACUAAGGUGAGAGCGUUCCAGGGCGAUGAUGUGCAACAACAACAACGACGAGCAUCUGCACCAGCAGCAGCGGCACCAAGAAGCGAACAACUGUCGGCGUUGAACGAUGUUUACAUCGAUGUUGUUGCUGUCGCAGAUUACGGUGUCUUCUCCAACUGGUACGCCAACAGUUCCGGUCUGACGGAAGAAGAGAAAACACAGGAUGUCUACAGCAACUUGCCACAGCACUACGCCUUCAUGUUCUCCGGGGUGAAUAUGAUCUACGAGAACGUCUCCUCGCUGCCCUACACCAUACAUGUCAAACUGUCUUCCCUCAUCAUUGCAACGGUACUAGACUUUCUUAUCCUGAUGUCACAGUCACUGCAUCCUCUGCGCCCAGAAGAUUCACCUUGGACAGAGUCACUGCGUGUGGAAACCUCUGAUAGGGAUCGUGUGGACCCCGACAAAGCUCUCGACAGUUUAGCAGAAUGGGUGAACAACACUCAUCUCGUCACUUACUACGACCACCUCACCCUCUUCACGGGGUACGACCUCUGGGGAAGUGACAACGAUUCUCUAGGUGUCGCUUUCAUAGGAAGAAUGUGUGAGACAAAUGGCGAGUCGGUCUCCUUAGUGGAGGAUCUUCAGAGCUUUGAGACUACUCUUACUCUUGCACAUGAAAUAGGCCACAGCCUCGGUUCAGCACACGAUGAAGACGAUAACGAAUGUUGGGAGAACGAUAAUUACAUCAUGGCGGCUGACUCUGACACAGACGAAGACAGCAACUGGCACAACCUCUGGAAGUUCUCCAACUGCAGCAUCGACUACUUUAGGACCUUCAUCGACGAAACGCUCCAGUCUCCACGAGGACAGCAAUGUCUGUACAACACCCUAACACCCAACAACAUCCCGGACGUGUCUGGCCAGCAGCCUGGAGAGAUGUAUGACCACGAUGCCCAGUGCAGACACAUCUUUGGUCCAUCGUCCAGACUGUGUCGGGGAUCAGAGUUUUACGAAAUACCUGAGGAAGUGUGCAUGAACUUGCUGUGUGACGACAUGUCAUCAGAUGCCAGCUGCUGGAAGUUGUUUGCUGCCAGAGGCACUUCCUGCGGCCACCACAAGUGGUGUGUAAAUGGAGAGUGUGUGUUUGACAAUCGGGCGCCAGCCAUGGAUGGUAAGUAG